UUAUCAUCCUAUGCAAAACAAAUAAAGAACGAAAGGACCAGAGACAGCCAAAUACAGAGGAAAGACUUUGAGAGAAAGAAAUGCGAAGUAUAACGCUCUCAGAGUCGGCUCUGAGACUGCCUCCAUGUCCUAAACCUGUUAGCCUACUUCCAUUGAAUUCUUUUUCCAAGAAACGAAGUUCCAAGCUUUCUUUUCGCAACCCAUGUCUUACUUUCUCAAGAUAUUCAAGACAAUGGUGUGAAUACUCAAUCCAGGAGGCAUUUAGACAUUUUCUGCCAAUGGUUUCCAAGAAUUUUAAUGGUCUUGAGGUUAGGGGCCUUGAUUGCCAGAACUUCCAAGCAAGCAGAGAAUCGAUGCCAGUUUUGGAUGAUAUUUGUUUCUUGGAUAAGUUGUCCACGAAGGUUAAAUCUAUAAAGGAGGAUGAAGUAGCGGCGUCCACUACAUCAUAUGGUGGUUUGCUGAAGUUUAUGCUUCUAGUUGGAUAUCUAACAUUUCAAGGCUCUCAACAAGCAUUUGCAGGAACAGAUAUUGCUGUUGGAUCACAGUCAAUUCCUUAUUUGGGAGACCUUGGUGAUAUUAGCACAGGUUUUGCUUCAGCAUUCUUGCUGAUAUUUUUCUCAGAACUGGGUGACAAGACCUUUUUCAUAGCGGCACUUUUAGCUGCUAGAAAUUCUGCUGCCACUGUUUUCACUGGGACCUUUGGUGCACUUGCGGUAAUGACUAUCAUAUCUGUGGUUCUUGGAAGAACUUUUCACUAUGUUGAUGAAAUCCUUCCAUUCAGGUUGGGUGAGACUGAUUUGCCUGUUGAUGAUAUUGCUGCAGUCUGCCUUUUGGUAUAUUUUGGGGUUUCAACACUCAUUGAUGCCAGCUCAGGCGAUGGUCUAAAAGCAGAAGAUGAACAAAAAGAGGCAGAACUAGCAGUUUCAGAGUUCUCAGGAAAUGGUGCUGGGAUUUUAGCUGCUGCUAGCACCAUUAUCAGCACUUUCGUCUUAGUUUUUGUCGCUGAAUGGGGGGACAAAUCAUUUUUCUCCACAAUAGCCCUUGCAGCAGCCUCUUCACCUCUCGGUGUCAUCGGUGGAGCCUUGGCUGGUCAUGGUGUUGCAACUUUGAUUGCAGUUUUAGGAGGUUCUUUACUUGGGACAUUGUUAUCAGAAAAGGUUAUUUCAUACAUCGGAGGCGUUCUUUUUCUCGUCUUUGCUGCAAUAACUUUGAUUGAGAUUGUGAAUUAAAGUUAGACGAGAACCAUUCAAAUUCAUAUGUUUAUAAACCUUAUAGUUUGACAUUGCCUUUCACAUCUGAAGCUUCUUCUUUUUUUUUUUUUUUUUUCUUUUAUCCUCAAAUUGGAAUGUUGAGGUCAGACUGUAUGAAUAGGUUAGUGAUUUGUUCUUGUUCUAGACAAAAGUUGAAUCCAAAACCUUGAACUAAACAAGAGGGGAUGGCUGUAUUAUGUUGUUGCUUGUGACUUGUUGCUUGAUUAUAAGCAGAGAUAUUGUACCUUUUUCUGUUUUUAAAUCUGUAAAAUUAUUUUUCUCAAA